UGACGCAACCCCAAGCUCGACCAAGCAAGCACACUGGCAGUUCCACCACAACAUUACAAAUAAUCAUAUUUUAUUAUAUAUAGUUGAUGAGGAGUCAACGGAAGGGAUAACUGUAGAGUGAUGGCGGAGGGGAGAGGAGGAGACAUUGUCUCUGAGUUCCUCGGUCAGAAUCCCCACCUGGUGAACUGGGUGGAAUCAUUAAGAGGACACUGUGAGACAAAUAAACAGUGGGAUGCUAGAAGAGAGUUUGUCCUGCGCAAUAUGGAGAUCUUCCCUACCAUCCGACCUGGGACCCCAAGUCCUAGUUUGGACAGGCUACUGUCUCUGUCCAUGGUUUGGGCCAACCAUGUGUUUCUGGGCUGUCGAUACCCACAACCUGUAAUGGACAAGAUAAAUGAAAUGGCAGAAGGAAUCACUGUGAACAAAGCCCCUGGGCGAAAGACUAGAGAUGAAAUCAUGGGGAAAACAAAAAGACCUGCCGCCUCAGCAGUGGCUGCUGACUGCCAGGUAAAGAAGAAUAAACCCAAUGAUACUGACCUUAAAGCUCCAGUGAAGAGUGUUGCGUGUCCAGCUGCCAGUAAAGUGAAAUCAGGCCCUCCACUAGGGGCUCCCGCAGAACACCAGCCCUUUUUCAACCGACUCUACAAGGCUAUUGCAUGGAAGCUUGUGUCUGCGGGUGGCUAUGGCCCCAACCUUGAACAUUUUGAGAUCUUGCGCAGUUGUGUGGAUUCAUGCAAGGCUAGCCUUAGCUGUGUGUUCGUUCCACUCAAAGACAUUCCUGACCUGCCCUCGGGACGUACCCAGAAAGAAGGCCAGGUAUGUGAACUGCGCUGCCACGCCGUUUACAUGGGCACAGGUUACGGACGUGAUAAAUGUGCCGCUAGGGCAAUGGCCUCCAAGGAAGCCCUCAAAGUAUUUCAAGGGCGGAAAGUGACAGUGAAAGUUUGCCGCCGCAGGUUCAGAGGACUAGACGUCGAAGAUUUGGUUCUGCUGGAUGAACAGCUCAGAGCUCAAGUCUUUCCUCCAGCUCUCAUCUACCCCUUUCAGGGAGACCAGUAAAGUUGCAUUCUGCUGGAGAUUUACCAGGGUUACUGUUAAAUAUGAAGUUUCUGAUUCAGUUGUGACAGCCUUUGAGAUCCUUUCUGCAGUUUCCAAUGUUUGCGUUGUUCAGAGUUCAGUUAUGCUACAUGGUCUUUCAGAAUGGCACUUUGAAGAAGGACGUAAUGGGUUUAUUCUAUGGUUUAUAAAGAGAUAUAAAAAAUAGUGGCAGACAGUUUUUUUGUCCCAAAAUGUUUGAUUUGUGUUUAUCAAGUUUUGGGUUGUUAAACAUCUGUAACUGCGUUGAAGUGGUUUGAAAACCUGUUGUUUUAAUUAGUAAAAGAUUCAAAAACCUUGAAUACGAUUUGUUUUAUUUAUUGCUACAACCUUACAUUGAGAAUAUACAGUUUGUGGAUGACAACCUGUUGGAAAUGGAAUAUGAGUGUCAAUUCAAAAGGAUGUUAUUCACAAGAGUACAUCUGGAAUUUAUUUGCUCUGAUUAUUUAUCUCAUAAAACUUUUGCCUCCCCUUUAAAAUCUAAGACAUUUUUUUUAAUUUAUUAUUUUUAUACAACCUAUCACAACCAAUUUCCUGUACAUACAUUGUCAAAACAGUGCGCAAUAUUGUUAAUG